GCAGGACUGCUUACAGAACAAGAGAACCUGGCGAGGCUCCGGAGGAGCUUGAAAGGCACCGCUAGGGAAGCAGCUCAAUGUUUAUUCGUCGGAGCCACGUCCUCCAACGAAGUAAUGAGCUUACUGACUAAGCUACGCACCCUUCCACGUCUGGGCGAACAUCCGAGAGACAUCUGCAACUUCGCAUCGAAGAUCAUCAACGUCACGGCCACAUUGAAGGCGCUAAACAGACCGCAUUAUCUACACAACGCCGAGAUAGUGCGCGCCGUGGUUGAGAAGCUGCCUUCAGCAUUGCGCUAUCGAUACUAUGACUUUGCUGCGGAACAGCCAGAAUACCAACCUGACCUAGUAACCCUGACCGAGUUCAUGCAACGCACAGCUGCACGUUGUGGGAGCUACGCGCCCGUCGAGAACACACCUGUGGAAGACCGGCGGGAGCCAGCAGGCAGGAGACCCAUGAAGAGCUACCACACUCAAAUAGCGAAGCCAGCCGCGCACGAACAAGUUACUACGUGUCCUAUUUGCGACAAGACGGGUCAUCAUGCGGCGCAAUGCGACGAAAUGAAGACAGCAGAUGUAGCCGCCAGGUGGGACAUAGCACGCAAACAUAGGCUAUGUUUCCGCUGUUUACGGACACGCAAAUUUCGCCAUACGUGUAAAAACAAGAGGUGCGGCAUCGACGGUUGCGAGUACAUGCAUCAUUCACUGCUGCAUGGCACUCCACCCUCAUCAAAGGAGAAGAAAGAAGCUCCUGCAUCAUUUGUUGUGGCAUCAGCAAAAGACAGAAGCAACACCACCGCGCUACUGAAGGUACUCCCUGUGCAAGUGAGGGGCCCCAAGGGUACGUGCAACGCACUCGCACUACUGGACGACGGGUCAACGUGCAGCCUGAUUGAGGCGGCGCUAGCAAGAAGGAUCGGCGCAGCGGGUACACCAGCACCCUUUUACAUUGAGGGUGUAGCCGGCACACGAAUCAACGUCUGCGAAUCGCAACAAGUACGCAUUUCUCUGCGCGGGCGCGACACGAAUGAGCAUACAAUAACGGCCCGCACCAUGAACAACUUGAAGCUAUCGCCGCAAGCAGUCCCACGUAACGUCAUACGAGCUUGCCCCCACCUGCACGACUUAGAAGAGCAUCUCAUCUACGAAGAGGGAUCACCUACGAUACUGCUGGGUCAAGACAACUGGCAUCUUUUACUCACACAUGCCGUGCGACAAGGAGACCGACACCAACCGAUCGCAACACUCACCGAUCUAGGUUGGGUUCUACACGGCACUAAGAGAUCGAAUGAAAGAGUCAACACCCACAAAGUACUCCACGCUGUCGCCCCUGAUGAUGAAGAGUCCAUGGAGCAGAUGAUGAGGGAACACUUCAGCCUCGAGUCAUUGGCUGUCAUACCGAGACGCAGCCACAACGACGACGAGCGACGAGCACUGCAACAACUAGAAGAUAAAACCCGCCGUUUACCGGCAGGAGGCUUUGGCGUAACGAGCACGUUCGUCCACCUGACAGCUACGACGUGGCGUUAAGAAGAUUGGAACUAGUUGAAAAGAAACUCGACCGCGACGAGGAACUGAAAAAGAGAUACGAAAAACAGUUACAAACACUGUUCGACAACGACUACGCAGAAAUAGCGCCACCCCAUAAGAACCCGAAGACUUGGUAUUUACCCCAUUUCGCCGUCAUCAAUCCACAGAAGCCAGAGAAGCUCAGAUUGGUCCACGACGCCGCUGCCAAAGCCAAAGGAGUCAGCCUGAACGACAUGCUACUACCAGGCCCGGACUUAAUACAAUCCCUGCCCGGCGUGCUGAUGAAGUUCCGUCAGCGACCAGUAGCGGUAGCAGCCGACAUCAGAGACAUGUUUCUUCGAGUGACCAUACGAGAGGAAGAUAGAGACAUGCAGCGCUUCCUGUGGAGAGGAGACGACCGAGAUCGCCAACCGACCGAGUACCGUAUGAAGAGUGUCAUAUUCGGCGCCACAUCAUCUCCCUGUACUGCUAUCUACGUAAAGGACAAGAACGCGGAAC